AUGCUCAUGACUAUGAAACAAUUCAAGAUAUUGAAUACAAAACUCAAUUCAAUUCUUCAGUCUCAGGCUGAUCUUGGGGGAGGAAAUUCAGUGACCAGUCUAGAAAUGGAUGGUCUGCUAAAGAUGGUUGAAGGGAGGAUUUCUUCGAAAGUUUUAGGAAUGAUUAAGGAUUCCAAGUCUCGUCUCCUGGAUAAAAUUGAUCUUUGUGAUCAUAGUAAUGAGAUGAGGGUUAAUGCUCAGAAAUCUACUUUUGAAGGUGAUCUGAAGGAAUUAAAGUUGGUUGCAAAGGAGAGACAUGUUUUGUUUAUUCAAGAUGUGAAGAAAGUUAGAGAAGAUGUGAAUUAUAAACUCCAAGAACUUAGACAAGAUAUGGAGAAAGAGAUUGCAAAUGUUCGUACUGAAUUUGCAUCUCUCAAUCAAAAGGUGGAUAUCAUCUGUGAUGCAGUUACUAAGUUUGCUAAGUUGUACAAAAGUCUGAGUCCUCAAAUUUCUCAACUUUCUUCAACAGAGAACAAGAAUUUCAUGGAGGUUUUCACGUUGUUAAAGGAGCUUAAAACCUUAUCUUCAACACCUGCUUCAUCUUCUCUGCUAUCCUCUGAAGAUCUUAUCAAGACAUUUUCUCAAUUUGAAUCCUUACUUCUUCAACAGUUGACUCCUCUUUCUCGAAUAUCUAGCCUUCUUCCCACAAUGGAUGCCCCACUUGCUAGUACUGGGGUGCAAGCGGGAGAAAAGAAAAUCGAAGGUUCGAAGGCUGGAGGCGAAGAUGUGAAGGUCGUGGGAAAGGAGUCUUUACUAGAGUUAGAGAAGGUUUUUACAAUCUUGUCUAUUUUUCACUCUGUAAACCUAAAAGCGUAA